AUGGUCUGUGAGAAGUGUAAGUUUAUCUCCGAAAUUAACAAGGUAAUAGUACCAGAAUGGAAAGAAGGGGCCAGCAACACUACGGAGGGUGGUGGCCGCAAGAUCAACGAGAAUAAGCUUCUCUCCAAAAAAGAUAGAUGGACCCCUUACGGAAAUACCAAGUGCAUCAUAUGCAAGCAGCAAGUGCAUCAGGAUGCCAAGUACUGCCACACCUGUGCUUACUCUAAAGGAGUCUGUGCGAUGUGUGGCAAGCAAGUUCUUGACACCAAGUUUUACAAACAGAGCAAUGUGUAGUGAAUGCUAGUACUGCACUGCUUCCCGCAUCUUCUUUUAGGUGCAUAAUAGGAUUAUCUUUCUUUCUGAUUGUUUGUUGAUUGCAUUGUCAAUGCAACUAAAAACUGUAAAAAACAAAUACAGUGAGUUUUUUCUUCUGUAUCUGACCUCUGUAAUGUACUUGGUGAAUGUAUGUUAUUUAUCCAAAACAUAAACCAAAUGGUGCUAAACUCCUGC